CCUGGCCAUUGGGAGUUUGGGACCGAAGACGGAACAGUGGACACCUUACGCGUUGAGUCACUUCUCACUCCUCAAACCCUAUCUCUUCUGUGGCUACGACAAUGGCAGCAGCCGUAGCUCGAGCCGUCGCAUCGUCUCGCUGCUCAAAACCUGCGCUAUUCCUCUCUAAACGCUUCUUUGCUUCUUCUUCCACUUCUUUCGCAGGUUCCCCGCCACUACCCGGCUUUGUCCGGAAUAGGCGUCCUUCGUCACUGCUCUCGCACUCAAUCCGAGUUGUCGCGCCAAGCGCGUUAAGGUUGAACCCUAUUCGAUGCAGGGUGCAGCGAUCUGGAGACUCGGCGUAUUCGCCGUUGAACUCGUCUUCCAACUUUAGUGACAGGCCGCCGACGGAGAUGGCGCCGCUCUUUCCUGGCUGCGACUACGAGCACUGGCUCAUCGUUAUGGAUAAGCCCGGCGGCGAGGGUGCCACGAAGCAGCAGAUGAUCGACUGUUACAUCCAAACCCUAGCCAAGGUUGUCGGAAGUGAAGAAGAAGCAAAGAAGAAGAUAUACAAUGUAUCAUGCGAGAGAUAUUUUGGCUUCGGAUGUGAGAUUGAUGAGGAAACAUCAAAUAAACUCGAAGGUCUCCCUGGUGUUCUGUUUGUGCUUCCUGAUUCUUACGUCGAUGCUGAGAACAAAGAUUACGGAGCUGAACUGUUCGUGAAUGGAGAGAUAGUGCAAAGAUCCCCAGAAAGACAGAGGAGGGUGGAGCCGGUGCCCCAGAGAGCUCAGGACAGACCCAGAUACAAUGAUAGAACCAGAUAUGUGAGGCGUAGAGAAAACCAGCGCUAGAUGCACACGCCAGUUGAUGGUAUAGCUUGUGGGCAGGAAGAGAUAAAUAAGCCUCCCCCUAUGAGUUGAAGCAGCAGAUUGAGGUUGAGUGACGCAUCUUCUUGAGAGAGUCUGAGAAUGCAUGCAACCUAGGGAACUUGAAUUAUGUAAUAUGUAUCAGCAGCUGACAGAGUUACAUUGCAUAUUGGUGAUUAUAUUUUGGUAUUGAUAGAAAAUAUGUUGGUACUGCACUCUGAUGUACAGUGAGGGGUUGCUAAUUCUAAGAGCUUAAGAAUUUUAAUUUUCAUCGACAGUAAAAUUACAACU